AUGACUGUCACAUACACAGCACGUGUGGCCAAUGCCCGCUUUGGCGGCUUCUACAAGUUGCUGACCCUUUGGCGUGGAAGCAUCUACAAGCUGCUCUACAAGGAAUUCCUGGUCUUCUCCACCUCUUACAUGGGACUCAGCCUUACCUAUCGCUAUGUUUUAGAUGAGGAUCGGAAGCGUGUCUUUGAAAGAGUGGUCAUUUACUGCGACAACUAUGCCAACCUGAUCCCUGUCUCCUUUGUUCUGGGCUUCUAUGUGACGCUGGUGGUGAACCGCUGGUGGAGCCAGUACACCAGCAUGCCUAUGCCAGACCGCUUGAUGUGCACCAUCUCUGGGAAUGUACAUGGUACUGAUGAGAAGGGGCGGCUUUACCGGCGAACACUCAUGCGGUACUGCAGCCUUUCUGCUGUAUUGAUCUUGCGUUCAGUCAGCACCGCAGUGUUCAAGCGCUUCCCCACAAUGGACCAUGUGGUGGAGGCAGGCUUCAUGACUCGGGAAGAGCGCAAAAAAUUUGAAAAUUUUAACACUUCCUAUAACAGAUACUGGAUUCCCUGUGUUUGGUUUACCAAUUUAGCUGCCCAAGCACGGAAAGAAGGCCGCAUACGUGAUAGCUGUGCUCUCAAGUUGCUUAUGGAGGAGCUGAAUCGCUUUCGUGGCAAUUGCAGCAUGCUAUACCACUAUGACUGGAUCAGUGUACCGCUAGUUUACACCCAGGUGGUUACCAUUGCUGUCUACAGCUUCUUUGUUUCUUGCCUCAUUGGGCGUCAGUUUCUUGACCCAGCCCAGGGUUAUAAAGGACAUGACUUGGAUCUCUGGGUCCCUGUUUUCACCCUGCUGCAGUUCUUCUUCUAUGUUGGAUGGCUGAAGGUGGCUGAGCAGCUCAUUAACCCUUUUGGUGAGGAUGACGACGAUUUUGAAACCAACCUUCUGAUUGACAGGAAUUUCCAGGUCUCCAUGAUGGCUGUGGAUGAGAUGUAUGGAGACCUGCCUCUCCUGGAGAAGGAUCGAUAUUGGGAUGCUUCAAACCCUCGGGCCCCAUACACAGCAGCCACCGUUUUUCUGUUGCAACAGCCAUCCUUCCAGGGCUCCACAUUUGAUAUGACUUUACCCAAGGAAGACAUGCAGUUCCAACCCCUGGAGGAGAUUGCAGAGGGCCUUGAACACACCCGCAACGUGCCAGCCCACCUCUUGAACCGCCUCCUUUCCACAGCCCCUGCGCCUGGUGGUUUUGGCCGUCGACUCUCUCUGCUGAGACGCAAGAACAGCUGUGUUUCGGAAGCAUCCACCACCUACAGCUGCCUCUGUCAGGACACACAGACCACUGACUGCACUUGUGGGCCUCCCUUCCCCAGCAACAGCAUUCACUUCAGCAAUGAGGGGGAAGGAGACCCUAGCCAUGGAGUUGCUGGCUUAGGAACCGAUAUGUACACUGACCAUCCUGAGGCUCAGGAAGAUGGGCUGGGUGACCCACCUCAAGAGCAUGUUGCAGCUCAUCCCCAAGACAGCAUGUCCUUGGUGGACAUGCCGGUUUCUGAACCAGCCGAUGAUGUGUCCCAGCCUCUCCUAGAACAUUGCUCUUCAGAACCUUCCCUCUUUCAAAGCCCAAAGGAGACUCCCAACAAGGGAAGCCUUCCGUCAGCUAGCUAUCCUCCCUGGCUACAGAGCCCCAUUGAAGAGGAAAAUGUGGCAUGAGUACUUCAGCCCUAUAUGUUGGAGCAGAGCUAUUGCGAGAGGUGGUCUUCCCUAGUGGUACUGUUUGAUGCAGGCCUGAAAUGAAUGGACAGAAGGAAUGAGACUGGUGGAACAGAUUUUGCAGUUGGCAGUUCAGGGAAAUUUGUAUUCAUGACCUCUUAAGCACCUUAGUAGGGCCACUGGGCAGAUGUCAUUUUUAAAAAUUACCCUUCCUGAUGGACAUCUCAUUUUGGUGCAUUGUUGUGGUGUAUCUCACUCACCAGGAAAGGAGUGAAAUGAACAGUCCACUAUUUCCCCCACCUUCCCUGGGCAUCUUGACCAAAAUAUUAUUAUUCAUUUGCUUUUCUACAGACACUAAAUGUGCACAAAGUAGAAAUGGACACCAAACUGUUCCUGCAGAUACCCUGUCUCAAAUCUACUCACAUCCAGUAUUGGUUAUUUCCUUUGUUGCAUACUG